UCUUUGCCAGUGCUGCGUUCAAACACUGAACCGGAAAAGAAGCGGGUCAUGUGACAUUUUAAACCGGAACUGAAUAGUAAAAACAAUAUAGUGGUUUAACUCUGGGUUUAACACGAAUCACGGCGCACAUAAAUAUUAUUUAGUGUAUUUUUUUCUCAAGUGCUGAGAGAUUUCUAAAGAACACAAAGGAAAACAUUGCAGAAAACGUGCAGCAAUACGAAGCUGGCUCCUCCACUGUCUGUCACGAUGCCCGCUCUACUGGAGAGACCAAAGCUGUCCAAUGCGAUGGCUAGAGCCCUGCAUAAACAUAUCAUGAAAGAGAGAGAGAGGAAAAGACAAGAGGAGGAAGAAGUGGAUAAGAUGAUGGAACAGAAAAUGAAAGAGGAGGAGGAAAGGAAACGAACAAAAGAAAUUGAGGAACGAAUGUCUUUGGAAGAGACUAAAGAGCAGGUUCAAAAAAUGGGUGAAAAAUUGCAGGUGUUGCAAGAGGAGAAACAUCAGCUCUUUUUACAGCUUAAAAAAGUCCUUCAUGAGGAGGAAAAGCGUCGCAGAAAGGAGCAAAGUGAUAUUACAACACUGCCUUCAGCCAGUUAUCAGUCCAACUUACCUCUUCACUCAGGACAGCAUCUACUCAGCAUACAAGGAAGUCCAGUGAGUCACAAUAGAGCCAGUGCUUUGUUGGGGGAGCGCAGUAAACAGUUGUUUCAGACACCUCUGAUGCCUGGCCAUCAAUUCUCCAGUCAGCCAGGUUUCCUCCCUGGUUCCUCGGAGCAUGGGCAGUUCUCAAGUAGCGCUGCGGUCCAUGAGCCAUUUGCUGUCACCCAGGCCCAGCACCACACCUCUUACGGACAUGCUGCUUCUGUGCCCAUCAGCUUUGCAGGCACCACCCAGAUCAGAAGCGCAUCACCUUUCCAGAGCAUGCCAUUCCUGCCCCACCAGCCUCAGGGUUAUGCUGUCCACAGCCAUUUCACUGCCCAGCCAGGAUUUAUCCCUAGUGCUAGUAUCCCCCUUCAGAAACAGCUUGAACACGCCAAUCAGCAGUCUGGCUUUACUGACUCUGCUGCUCUUAGACCCAUGCAUCCACAGGCUUUACAUGUGAGUGCAGCUGGUCUGAUGUCCACUCCAUCCAUGGCUGUCCAGAUCCCUACUGCCAAGGCUCCAUUCCAGAGUUCAUCUCAGCAAGCAUCACGUCACGCCUUCGUCCCUCACGCUCAAGCUGGACAGAGAUUCUUCCACCAUGGAAAACCACAUUAACUAAUAAAAGUAUGACCACGACAAGGUGCCAGGUUACAAAAAACUCUAUUGAAACUAAGUCAGUUUGAAUUUGCUUUUUUAACAUUUGUAAUACAUGUUCCAUGCAGUAAAUAUAGUUGGAUUAAAUCAUUAUUGAUAUUAAACAAUAAAGAAUGGAUUUACACUCGACGAAUCUAUGAAAAGAUUUGAUGUUGGCUAAGUUAUGAUGUUAAAAGAGCAAGGAGGUACUUUACGUCAGAGCAUUGAUGUCCAGAAAAAGACUGAAAAUAAAGAGCAAACAGUUGAAUAAGCUACGCUUUCCCUGCAAUACCCUUGUGAUUUUUUUUUUUUUGAUUUUUUUUUUUUUUUACUGAAAUCUAACAAGAUUUGUCUGUGUAUUUUAACUUUAUAGUAAGUUUGAAGUGUUAGUAAUGCUGUUUAAUAGAUUUUAGAUCUGUAAGAUAUGUGCUACAUUACAUGAAGAAUACUUUUUCAAAUAACUGUUGUUUUGUCUUUUAAUACCUUUUUUCUUGGAGUUUGCCAGCAGCAGUUAUGCCACUGUGGUCAAUAUAUUACACCACGAACGAGCUAAAACACAUCACAAAUUGAAAUAAAAACAUGAUUUAUAUGUGCUCUUUUUUAAUAUUGGCUGGGUUGUCUUGCUAGAAUACAAAUUUCUGUUUAUUCCAUUUUAUUUUUGAAUCACAAUCUCGCAAAACAAAAACUUAACAUUACUCAUACUGUAGUCAAGUGUAAUGUACAUGAGUCAAUCUGGCCUACAUAGGACACAAUUGAUUUUAAAGGGGACAAUUAACUUUUUUUUUUUCCCCCUCUCUCAAAUAUCAUCCAACCCUCAAACUUAAAAGAAUUGGGGUACUUGUUUCUUUGUCUGUCAAGCGUGAACAGAAAGCAUUAAGCAAACCAUUAUAGGCCAAGACUGAGUACAUUACAGGCAGAAGUUUGUGUUUAUUUCAACAAGAGAUCUAAGGCUUAUGGCACCUCCUUCCACCUCACAGCAUACUCAAACAGCAAAUACUUGGGAAAUCUUGAUAAAAUGGUGUUGCUGGCUUCCUGCAUGUUAUCGGUCUCAUUCUUAGCGUAUUUUUAUAUUUUUGGAACGGGGUGGCGCUAAAAGUGAUCCGAAGUCUUCCUGCAUCCAUCAGUUCACCAGCUUGUGUGAUACUGUCACUUCCUGCCUAAGGGUAUUUUGCUUAAAGCUACUGGAAGAUAAAAGGGAAGUUAAGCAGAACACUUGGUCCUGUGAUACAAAACUGCAUCCUAUUACACAUAUCAUUGCCUUUGUAUAUGUCCUUCACUGGAGAUUCUGCGCUUGAAUGUUUUUCACUUCCCCUCUGCACUGUAAUUGCUCAUAAAUAAAAUGAACCACAUAAUGGACCUCUUAUAGCUAUUUGCUACUGUGAUUUAAGAUAGCAAAGAACAUAUUAGGGGUAGUUAUCUUUUUU